AUGCACCUAAGAUUAGAUGCUGAUGUCCAGAGGUCAGAAGCUGAAAAGUGGAGAAGGGGGAAAGCUAAGGCCGAAAAGGAUCUAGACAGUUUAAAGACUGAUUACAAGAAGUUACGCCUGUCUAUGAGGACUGCGGGGUUAGGUAAGACUUUCGAACAAUGGCACCAUAAAAUUCGAGAAAAAAAGACCAAGGCCGACCGAUGGGAAAGGAAAUUCCGAGAAGCUCAGGCACGAAAUGAAGAUCUAGAGAAGAGUCUGUCAGAAAGCAGAAAUGAGCGAGGGGAAUUAAAGGCUAGAGUGGCAGAACUCGAGAAGUCUCUUCAUCAAUACCGAAAUUGCAACACCACAAUGGAAUUAAGGGCGAGCUUGAACAAGAUAGAAGAAAUGGGAGGAAAAAUAGAAGAAUUAGAAACAUCGCUACAGAACUGUGAGAUGCGAAUUCAGUUUUUUGAGGCAAAUGAGGACCGUUGGAAAGAGCAGCUUUACCAUGCGCAGGAUCAAGUCAGAAAUAGAGAUUACAUUAUUGGAGAAGCCAUAACCCAGAUUCGGGAGGUAGUUGAUUACUUGCAAGCUUUGGCUGUACAAGCAGACAUACUAGGAGUGAAAUACGAGUUGGAGUCAGAUCGGGGGCAGGAGCUAGCCUCAUUAUUUAAGAAAAUUAAGGCUAUGAGCAUUAGGGCGAAGUCUUAUUUGUAA